AUGGUUGCAAGGGAACGGAAUUCGUCGGCCAUGCUGAGGCGUCAAAAGGAUCAGAGAAGAGGUAUCAAGUUUACGAUGAUGAUCUGCGGCAGCUCAGGCACUGGAAAAACGACUUUUGUGAACGCAUUGAUGGAUCAACAGGUCGUCCCACACAAGUUCCAAGGAUAUUCAGGAGAUAUUCCCAAGACUUUGACCUUUGCCAAUGUCAGUGGUGCUAUCGUUGAUGCAGCCUCGGUGGAGCGCCAUUUUGACCCCACUCUGGCUCAUGAAGAGCCGGGAAUUGCCAUUACCGAGACAACCGUUGACAUUGUCGACGAGGAUGAUUCCAAGCUGAUGCUCAGUAUCAUUGAUACUCCUGGGUUUGGGGAGAACAUAGACAAUGAGAUCUGCUACAGUGAGAUUGUGCACUAUUUGAGACAGCAGUUCGACUCUGUUUUGGCCGAAGAGACCCGUGUCAAGAGAAACCCUAGGUUUGAAGACACUCGUGUGCAUGUUUGCCUUUACUUCAUUACCCCAACGGGUCAUGGACUCAGAGAACUCGACGUGGUUACCAUGAAAAAAUUGUCCAAGUAUGUGAACGUGAUUCCCAUAAUCGGACGUGCGGACAGCUUUAAGCCAUCAGAGCUGAUCCAGUUCAAGAGAAGUAUUAUCGAGGACAUUGAGAGAUUUAACAUUCCUAUCUUUCAGUUCUCUUACGAUGAAGAGGAAGAUGAUGUUGAAACUGUGGAUGAGAACAAGUUUCUAUCCAGUCUGCAACCUUUUGCAGUUGUGUCCAGCGAGAAGACAUUUGAAGUGGAUGGUGUUACCGUAAGAGGAAGGCAAUACCCAUGGGGUAUCGUCAAUGCAGAAGAUCCCAAGAUUUCCGACUUCUCCAUUGUGAGAUCAGUGGUUCUGGGCUCUCAUUUACAGGAUCUGAAGGAUAUUACCCACGACUUAUUGUACGAGGCCUACAGAACCGAGAAGCUGAUGAUGGUGACAGGAGAAACAGAGACCGGUGUGGGAAUGAGUGAACCCCCAUCUUUGUCCAACCUGGCCGCUAUUGCAAACUCACGUUCCAUGGCAACAAUUAACACCAACACCGCUGUUGCAUCUCCAAUACCAGAUGUCACGGAUUCGGAAUCGCAUGAUACGACCCAGAAGAAUGGUAACGUCAAGUCCAUGUUGAUUGGUUCGAACGAAGCUGUACCUUCUUCACCAGUACCUGAGCACGUCAGACUUCGUCGUCCUUCAGAAUCGACGGAAUCGGCCGUUGUUCCAGGAACUCCAUCGUCUACUAUUCGUGGGGACUCGAUCUACCCAGGUUCGCCUACAAUUCCGGGAUCGCCAUCAGUGAGUGUGAGAUCUGGAACUUCAGAUGUUCGUCAUUCGCAGCUGCGCAAGAUCAGCGAGACCGUUCCGUACGUUUUAAAGCACGACAAUCUUGUCUCCAAACAGGCUAAGCUCGAGGAGCUGGAGAGACGGUCUGCACAGGAGCUGGCGAGACGUGCAGCUGAAUUAGAGAGGAAGGCGGCUGAAUUGAAGAUGCGUGAGAAGCUACUGAAGCAAUUGGCAAGAGAAAGAGGUCUAGAUGAAGCCGAUGUGGCUUCCAAGGUGGAGUCGGUUGGAUACGCGUCGGAUGCGGAUUCUAAAGCGGAGUCUUAUGCGAAAAAGGAGACAAACAAUUCCGAAUGA